UGUCACUUCCUGUUUCACUUUGGCUGAGCAAAGUUCAAAGGAAAAUGUGCCAGUUAUGUGAGAAAUUGGGAUGCCAAGUUUCUUAAAUAUAAAGAUUUAAUUAUUUUUUUCGUUUUGUAUUUUUAGGAUACGCAUGUCACAGGCACUUUAAAAAGAUGGAGGCCAACUUCAAGGUGUUCAGAUAUGCUAUGUUGCAAAGUAAAAUUUAUUUUUGAUAUAUACAAUCUUUUCAUAAUAAAUGAAGGWAACAAGGUUACUUGACUGACUGAACUAUGCACCUGGAAAAUACAUAAUACCARCCACAAUCAUUUUCUCAAAUACWGUCCCAAAACUCUUCCCAGUACAGCAAUGCAACACAACACAACAACAGCAUACAACAUAUACAAUGCACAAUUAACAGGCUCGUGAAGUUGUUUUUAAAUCACAGAUGUAUUUAUAACACAUGUCCAGCCUGAGCCYACACAACCUGUUGGUGACCGUCACUGUCAGGGUGAGAGCAGCACGCAGCGGGACGUUUCAACUGUGGGGAAAGUACAGAGCAGUAUAAAUACUUUAGCAAUGACAGACAGACAGUCACAUUCAGACACUGGAGCAACACAAUCUAUACGAGACUCCAAGCACACAGAAGACACAAACACAGAAGAUGAAGACCCAACAUGUGUAGCAGGUAGGAUCCCGUCCGUGCAGGAGCUAGAAGAGGUUCUGCAUUCAGCUCGGAGCUCAUGUCAUCAUGGGGAUGAGGUGUGGCCGAACCUUUUUCUGGGAGACAUGUUUAUGUCUCAUGACAAGUUUGGGCUCUGGCAGCUGGGCAUCACUCAUGUGCUGAAUGCCUCUCAUGGUAAACUCUGCUGUAAAGGCAGUGAGGAUUUCUACGGAASCACGGUGAAAUAUUACGGCGUCCCCGCCAACGACCUGCCAACGUUUGACCUUUCACCUUUCUUCUACCUGGCUGCAGAUUUUAUUCACCAGGCCUUGAUGUCAGGAGGGAAGGUUUUGGUACACUGUGCAGUAGGAGUGAGCCGUUCAGCUACUUUGGUUCUCGCCUACCUGAUGAUCCACCAUCGCCUCAGUCUCCUGUCGUCCAUUCGCUGUGUGCAACAGAAGCGCUGGAUUUUUCCUAACAGAGGAUUCCUACGACAACUUAUAGAGCUGGACCGAAAACUGCUUGAAGAAAAGUCCAACACCCACGAAAAAGAAAAGUCCUAAACUUGUUUUUUUAGUUGCGCGACU